CACACCGAUACCAGAUCAGAUUGCGUCUUGGCUUUAUAAACCCUGGCUUUCCUUGUCCACCUCCAAUCGAAACUGGCUGCUGCUAGCUAGGGUUUCACAUUUCAUAGCUCAGAUUCUCAGCUUGUAGUCAUCGUUGCUAUGGAUUUCUCUAAGAAACGGAAAGUCGAGGAAUUCGAUGUUCCAUCCUCGCCGGGAAAUGUCGUCGCGAACGCCACUGCCGCAGCCUCUAGCUUAACCCUAGAAGACAUCAGGAAAAUCAUCGAGCCUUUCACCAAGGACCAGCUCCUCGACAUCCUCCAACAGGCCGCCGUUCACCACUCCGACGUCCUCGAUGCCAUCCGUUCCGUGGCCGACAGUGACGUCACUCUUCGCAAGCUCUUCAUCAGGGGCCUCUCUGCGGAGACCACAUCCGAGACCCUCCGCACCCUCUUCUCCACCUACGGCGAGCUCGAGGAGGCUAUUGUCAUCUUGGACAAGAACACUGGUAAAUCUAAGGGUUACGGAUUCAUUACUUUCAAGCACAUCGAUGGUGCUCGGAUGGCGUUGAAAGACCCCAGCAAGAAGAUUGAUGGGAGAAUGACGGUCACGCAGCUGGCCUCUGCUGGGCAAUCCAACUCCGGAGGUGGUGUCGAUGUUUCUUUGAGGAAGAUCUAUGUAGGUAAUGUGCCUUACGAUAUACCUUCAGAAAAGUUGUUAGCGUUCUUCUCAAUGUAUGGAGAGAUUGAGGAGGGGCCUUUAGGGUUUGAUAAGUCAUCUGGGAAGACCAAGGGGUUUGCUUUUAUGAUAUAUAAGACCGAGGAAGGUGCUCGGGCUGCGAUUGCUGAACCAACCAAGAACAUUAAUGGUUUCCAAGUUAUUUGCAAACUGGCUGCUGAUAAUAAGAAAGGUAAACCUCAUGGAGCAGACAAUUCACAGAUGCAACCAAACCUACAGCAGCCCUCGAUGCAACAACUACAACAACCGCCUUAUGGCUCUGGCACGAUGCCACCAUAUGGAGGUUAUUCUGGUGGAGGGAACAGCAAUAACUAUGGGAUGAAUUCGUCUAUGCCAGGAGCAAUGGGUAAUGGUGGCUAUGGUGGUCAAUAUGGAGUUUCCCAAUACGGGGGACCUGCUGUGGGUGAGUAUGGAAUGAAUACUGCAGGGGGCUCUAUGUUCAGACCUCCUCCAAGCUCUGCUGGUAUGGGUUCUGCUGGUUAUCCAGAUAGCGGGCCUUAUGGUAUGACUCAGCCACACCAGCCGCCAUCAAUGCCGCCUAGACUUCCACCAGGGGGGAUGUAUCCUGGUGGCCCACCUUACUACUGAGUGUGUGACAGCUUCUUGGGCACAAUGCUUUAAAUGGUUGUCGUGAUAUCUCAUGAAUGCAGACACUGAAAUCUUUGGUUUGUUGUUGUGGACUGCUCUGUGCUCUUUUGUUGCUGCUUCACUCCAUCCCGUUCCAUGAUCUAGAUCUGUACUUCAUGAGAAGAACUAUAGAAGUUCCUUGUUGCUGUGCUGGAAUAUAUGUUCUGAUAGAUCUAGUUUAUGAAGAGGCCCUCUGUUUUUCUUUUCCGCCUUGGCUGUUAUUUGGUACUUGACACUGUCAUUGUGGCUAGAACGUUAUGUGAUUGAGGAAUCUAAAUUUUCGUUAGUGGAGAAUUGUUGGCUAUAUGUUUUUUUUUUAUAUUUUUGAAAUUUUGUAUUGCUUUAUUUGUUUGAUAUCAUAACAAUUGCUCUGUUUAGGCCAUUCGCUUGUUAUGGUCAAAUUGAUGGUCUGAUGUGUUACGCUAUUAUGAGUUUCCACGUCUGUUUCCAAGUCUGACUUUGUGGUAGCUGUUUUUCUGUGAUCUAAGUUUGAUAAAUCAUAUAAAUCAGAUUUAGUUUUAUGUCAUUGGAUUUGGUUGGAGUUCAGCUUUGACUACUGAUUGUCGAUCGCAAUGUUCUACUUUUAUGUAAGCUGUAUUCUGCAAAAAUUCCUUGUUGCGGCUAUACUUUUGGUCAUGUCUCAUUUUGACCUUAAGAGUUAAGACUGUAGUUUCAUUUAGAGCUAUCCAGCUGCUAUGGUUAAAACUGAUGAUUGUUUUACCUUGAGUUUAUCUCAAUCCCCUCUUCUUAUCAUCAAAUCUUAUGAUGGUGGUUACUCUUCUGAUCCAGGUAGACAAAUUGCAUCAACCUGAUUUAGAUGAACUUUUUGUUGCAUUUAGGUGGGAGUUUGAGUUCCGCUUCUUAGAAUACCCAAUUUAUGUUACAGAAGCUUUAAGAUAUAUAUAUAUUUUGGUGGUGUGGCUAUCUGAAAUUGAUGUCCAUUAUUUGAUUAACUGAUGAGUGAAGGCUGCCUGCCUCUUGACUAACUGGGUUUCCAAGUAAUUUGUUGGACUAGAACACACUUUCCUAGGUUGUAGUUUGUAGUAUUUGUUGUUGCCAGUUUUUCCUGUAGGUGGUUGAUUUGAAUCCUGGAAUGGGGUGUAGUAGCUGAGUGCAACGAGUGAUUUGAUUGUUGAUUCUUGGUGUGUAUAAGUUCUGCUUCAGUGUAUAAAGUCUGUUUAGGGUGCCGCAUAGCAAGACUGGGUUUAGUGGUGGGAGAACUCUAACUAGCUAACUGUUGUGGCGGUUUGUUUUGUUGUUCUGACCUGACCACCACUGCUGGGGAGACACGGGAAUGUGCCCUAUUGACAUGCGAGGUUCCCUUCCUUGGGUAAGAGGUGCUGCUGCGGUUGGAAGGUGGUUGCUCAUUCUUAUACUAGUAUAGUGCCACUACUACUACUGCGAGCCACUGGUCAUCUCUACUGAUCAUCGGCGGAGGGGCUUUGUCGUGUUUAAUCGCAGCUGUGUAAUUGUAAAUUUUCUAUUCAUUUGGACUCUACCACUGUAUAAUUGUAAUAUAAUCUCGUUGUAGGUCUUAAAAAAUGGUACGAGUUGUUUCGCUGCAUGACUAAGGUAGAGCUUACUCCGACAUGCGAGACCGAGAGAUCACAUUUGCAGUACGAGUGUCUUAUUGCCGUUAAACUGCUCCCUAAAGGAACUGGUCUGGUUUAGUGGCUUAUAGUAAGCUGAUGGUUUCCUUAUUUGGCAAAACGGCACAAGUAUUCUGCCUUGUUGUCCAACCACUGCAAGUUGUCGCUGUGCGUGCAUUCAUGGAGAUUUGGCUUGCAUGCGAAAGCACGUUUUCGUCCGUACUAGCUCGAGUUUCUUUACGUGUUUGAUGCUUCAAACCUCCUUAUCCUG